CCACGCCAUAUAACUCGUCGUUCUGAUGGUAGUUUGAAUAAUGCUGUUAAAAAGAGUUUCAGAUAUAGAAACCAUGGUGGUAAUAGCUGGAGACGGUUUCUUGAACGGAGUGCUUCGUUGAGUACAACAUAAAGGCAACGAUCAUGGGGUAACCAUUCCAUUGUGUAUAGUGUAAUGGCAGCUGAUUCAUCAUGGCUUAAGUCAUCAGGGAAAGGUGUUUGACAAAUUCCUUUUGCCACCCAUGCUUUUCGAGUUAUGUCAGUCACAAUAUGGAUUAAUGGUUCAAUGGCUUUUUCUAGUGGAACCAAAUCAACAUUCUGGUAGCCUUCGAUUGGCAACAACAUUUUUCCAUUUUCAUUGGCAACAUCGAAAUAACGUUGGUUCGUUUUAUUCUGAUCAUUCAUAGAUUUUGCAGCCAUUCUUUCAAUAACUUUUUGCUUUCUUUAGUGUUUUGUGUUUCGUUUUUUAGGCUGUUAUCAAUAUGUUGUUGAUGUUGUUGGCUUUUCUUCUGUUUGGGUAAUGACGUUGGUUACCAUUAUUGUAGGAAAACUGAAUCUUACACCACGUCUUCACAUCAUUCAUUUGAAGGAAGUACAACCACCAUUUCCCUUACUCGAACCACCAUCCGUCGUUCCAUCAGCAAUAUCUCUGUCUCAUAAUACUCCAACUGGAACUAAGCCACAAACUGCUUCAUUACCGAAAGCGACAGCUGUAAGCCCAAGGUAUCCUCUUCAAAAUGAGAGUCAAGCACAAUUGUUUCCGAUUGGAGGCAGAUUGUGUCGAAUGCAUGUUGAUGUUUUGAAUUCGUUAACUGAAUCGACAAGUGCUAUUCAGGAGGAAGAGAAUAUGGAAACCGAACUCGACUUUUCAUCGUCAAAGGAGAGUUCUGAAGAUGAAGAUGAUAUCGUGCCAGAGUUACAAACUCUUCGUGCAGCCUAUUUAGAGGCCGAUGAAAAGCAGCGUUUGCUUAUUCUAUCCAUCAUUGACCCCGCAAAAUACACGAAAGAGCACUUGAUGAAAAUAUUCGAUUGUGGUCGAUAUAAAAUUGACGCUGCCCGUAAAUAUCGUGUUGAUUUUGGAGCUUGCGGUGAUAAACCAGCUGAAAAAAUCGUUCGAGAGCGAUUGGAUCAGACAAAAGUUUAA